UUAUAUACGCGGCGGUGACUCCCUGGCUUUCGCCGGUUCGGCAGACUUGUUGCUGCCCUUCUGAAGGAUACCCGAGCAUACACUUAGGUGGAGGCUAUGUGCUUUUGGGCCGCCGGCCUGUCACUUCGUACAGCAUUUUGGCCAACAAGUAUGGAUAGAGGAGUCGAUGGAGGAGGGGGAGGGGCGAUCCGGGAACACAUUGCCUCAGGUCACCGGGGGAUGGGUUUGGCCCCUUCAAUGUAUUUCGUUUCCUUUUUACUCGAUUUCUUUGGGUUGUUUUUUUUUGUAUCGAGGGAGGAUACAUUGCUCACUUCGAUCGCCCGUUUCCUGGUUCGAUUCUCUCGUCCUCUCUUGACGAUGUUUGUCUUUUGUUUUUCUUCUUUUUUUAUAUCUGUUAUUCAUCUCUUCUCUCCUUUUCUCGCCGUUAACACACGGGCAAUUUCGACUUCAAUUUGAUACCAACACCGUCUUCUUGUCGCCGACUCGCUUCGCGCACACCAUAUUAGUUUAGUCCCCCUCGUCCCCUCGAAUACGACUUCAGGAACACUCAAUUGACGCGUCUUUUUCCGUCACACGUUGGAACUCGCUUUAUCCGACAGCGGUCUGCAGGCAUUACGCUGACAAUUUCGCACUUCGGCAAUCGUCUGCCAGCAACGGCUUGACCAACGACGGC